AUGGACGCUCAGCAAGCCGAUCAGGCCCAGCAGCAAGCCGCGGCCGCGGCCCAGCCGGCCGAUACCGUCACCCCGGCACCGGCGCCGGCGCCCGCCCCCGGCUCGGCUCCUACGACGGCUCCCGCGGCUCCGGCGACGGGCACGUCGCACAGCAACGGCCCCAUCGACGAGCAGGAUCUCAACGACUGGAAGACGCGCUUCAACGACGUGCUUGCCCGCCCCAGCGAGCACAUCAACUCCAAGUCGGCGGCCCAGGCCUCGCCCUGGCACGCGGGCUUCUUCGAAUGCUUCAAGCCCAUCGACCUCUGCCUCAUCAGCUGCUGCUUGCCCUGCGUCACCUUUGGCAAGACGCACCACCGGCUGCGGAAGAACGGCGACCUCGUGGGCUACGAGCCCAUCAACACCUCGUGCCUGCUGUUCUGGGGUUCGACUUGCUGCUGGCUCUACUGGAUACCGCUGGCGAUGCAGCGCCAGAACGUGCGCGAAAAAUACAACCUCCAGGGCAGCUGCCUCGUCGACCUCGCCGUCUCCUGCUGCCUCGGCUGCUGCACCGUCAUCCAGUCGGACAAGGAGGCCGAGUACCACGAGGCGCUGCUCAAGAGCUCGGGCGUGCAGCAGCAGUACCAGUCCAACACGGAGAUGACGUACCCCGAAGCCAAGCCCGCCGGCACCUGA